AUGUCUGCUGAAUUAGAUCAAGCUCAUGUCGAGCCAUCCGUUGAUGCUCAAGAAUUGAACGGUAACAAUGCUGUUUCUGAUGCUGUUGAUCCUACUGAAACUGCUGCUACCUCUACUACUGAUGCUGGCGACGCUACCGUUGAUGCUGAUGCCAGUGAUGCUGAAGUUGAUGCUGAAGAAUCAACCAAUACCGAAUGGGUUCCAAAAAAGGAAGAAGUUCCACCUCCAUCAAUCAAUGAUGAAACUGCAUUCCCUGCCCUUGGUGGUUCUUCUGGUGCUUCUGCUUCUCCAAUCUCUUGGGGUCCUUCCAUGAAAACUAGUCCUGUUCCAGCUUUAGCCAAAAAAUCAGCUACAAGAGCUAAAGGUUCUACUAUUCAAGAUGCUUUUAAUAUUGUUUCUGAAUUAAGUUUAAACGUUUCUAAAAUUGAAUUUUCCAAAAUUAUUAAUGAAUUGAAAAAAAAUUAUGGUGUUUCAAUUGAAUCAACUUUAUCUUCAAUUACCAAAACUAGAUCUUUUAUUGUUAGUGGUAAACCAAAAGAUGUUCCAGUUGUUAAAAAGGAAUUAAUUCGUCGUUUAACUAAACCAGUUCAAGUUCGUUUCAAAAUCCCUUCAAGAACUAGAUCUGCUGUUAUUGGUUCUUCUGGUAAAAAUUUAAAACCAAUCAUUGAAUCUACUCAAACAAGAAUCAACAUUGAAAGAAAUUCAUCACCAGCUCCAGGUCAAUCAAAUGAUAAUGAUGAAGAUGAUGAAAUCGAAGUUACUAUCGAUGGUGAUGUUGAAGGUGUUGAAGAUGCUAAAUCACGUAUCUUACAUAUUGUUAAUGAAGAAACUAAAAAUUUAACAACAAGAAUUAAUGUUCCUGAAGAAAUUGUUAAAUUUGUUGAAAAUUUUAAUGUUAAUGAAGAUAAUUUAAAAAUUUCAGGUCCAAAUAAAAAUAAUGUUAUUUCUUUACAAGGUCUUAGAGAUGAUGUUUUAAUUAAAAAAGCUGAAAUUUUAUCACAAUUGGAAACUUUAAAAAUUAAAGUUAAAUCUGAAGUUAAAAUCAUUCCAAAACAAUUCCAUGAUGCUAUUUUACCAAAUGAAAUCUUGAAACAGUUUAACGUUGUUGUUGAAUUACCAGAUCGUGAUGCUGAUGAUGAAUCUGUUUCAUUUAUUGGUUUACAAUCAAACAUUGAAAAAGCUAUUGCUUUUGCUAAAUCUGAAACUGGUAAAGUUUCAAUUGAAAUUUUAGAUAUUUCAAAAGCUCAUGGUGGUAAUGUUCAUCAUGCUGCUUCUUUAGCUGCUUAUUUUGCUUAUUCAGGUUUAAUUAAUAAAAUUGGUACUGAAAAUGAUACUAAAAUUUCAAUUCCAAGUUAUAAAAAAUUAAGUACUCAAGGUUUAAGAUCUGUUGGUAUUACAUUAACUUCAUCAACUGAUAAAUUAGAUUCUAAAAAAAUUGCAAGAAAACAAAUUGUUGAACAAGUUAACAAAUUACCACCAUCUCGUGUUCAAUAUAUCACUGAUAUUAGCUCAUUCUUUAGUAAACAAGUUGGUUCAGCUGUGGAAACUUCUUCUAAAGCUCAAAAUGUUGCAGUUGUUCCAUUCUCUCAUUUAUCUCAAGGUAAUACUAAUGAAAUUAUCUUAAUCGCCUUAGAUAAUGAAGAUGAUGAAUUUGCUCCAUCUCAAGAUGAAAUUAAUGAAAGAUUAUCAAAAGUUAAUGAAUCAUUAAAUGAAUUAAGAAAACUUCAAGCUGAUUUGAAAACUACCACCUUAGAUGUUUCAAAUGAUAAACAACAAUUUAUUGAAGGUCCAAAAGGUACAACUUUAAAAGCCCUAUUAAAAUCAUUUGAAGAAGCUUCAUCUUCAAUCAUUAUUAAAUUACAUUCAAAUGGUGAAUCUGAAUCAUUAGAUCAAGUUUAUUUACAAGGUAAUAAAUCAGAUGUCGCUAAAGCUGAAAAGGAAAUUAAUAACUUAUUAAAAGAUGCUGAAAAUGUUAAAGAUAUUUAUAGUUAUUCAAAUGAAGUUUCAGUUCCAGCUAAUGUUUUAUCAAGAUUAAUUGGUAAAAACGGUGCUAAUUUAAAUGCUUUAAGAGAUCAAUUUAGUGUUUCUAUUGAUGUUGAAGAUAAUGCAUCUGGUGAAAAAGCUUCAUUAAAAAUUACCGGUUAUAAAUAUAAUGUUGAAGAAGCUAAAACUCAUAUUCAACAAUCAUCAAAAAGAUGGGCUGAUGAAAUUACUAAAACUUUACAUAUCCAACAAAAAUACCAUGGUUCUUUAAUUGGUGCUGGUGGUCAAUACGCCAAAAGAUUACAAGAUAAAUAUCAUGUUAGAAUUAUCUUUACUCAAGGUUCAGAUGAUGUUGUCAUUAGAGGUCCAUCAAGAGGUGCUGUUAAAGCUGAAGAAGAAAUUAAAGAAUUAUUAGAUUAUUUAAUUGAUAAUGGUUAUACCAAAGAAUUACAAGUUCCAACCAAAUCUUUAUCAAGAGUUAUUGGUAAAAGUGGUGAAACUAUUAGAGGUAUUGCUACUGAUGCUGGUAUUGAAAUUGAUGUUCAAAACCAAGGUGAUAAAGCUGGUGAAUAUACCACUAUUUUAUUAACUGGUACUAGAAAAGGUUUGAAAGAAGCGGAAUCAAGUAUCUUAGCUAUUGUUAAAGAAGUUGAAGACACCAUUACUGUUGAAUUAGAAGUUGAACCAAAAUACUAUAGAGAUAUUUUAGGUCCAAAAGGUGUUACCAAGAAUGCUAUUAUUGCUAAGGCUGGUGGUUCUGAAGAUCAACAAAGACGUCUAUUACAAAUUCCAGAUCAAGGUUCUUCAGAUAAAAAAAUUUCAUCAACUGGUUCUAAAAAAAUUGUUGAAUCAAUUAUUGAACAAGUUAAAGCAUUAGUUGCUGAAAAAGAACGUUCAAUUGUUGAAACAUUAUCAGUUCCAAAAGAUAAACAUAGAGUUAUCAUUGGUCAAGGUGGUUCAGUUCGUCGUUCAUUAGAAACUGAAUUUAACGUUAAUGUUAACAUUCCAAACUCUCAAUCUGAUUCAACUGAUGUUAAAAUUACUGGUUUACCAGAAAAUGUUGAAAAAGUUAAAGCUAAAAUUAAUGAAUUAACUGCUGAUGACUGGAAAGCUUCAGUUGAUGUUCCAGCUUAUUUACAUGCUGCUGUCAGUGAAAGAGGUGCAUUUACAAGAAAAGUUAGAUUAGAUAACAAUGUUGAAAUUGAACAUGGUAAUUUAUCAGGUCGUGCUCAUAAAUUAUCAUCACAAUUCCCAACUCCACCAAAAACUGUUAUUGGUUCUGAUGAAGAAACUAUUAAAUUCACAAUUGAUGAAGAAUCUGAAGUUAAGAAAGAUGAUGUUGUUAUUCCAUGGAGAUUAAAAGGUGAAGCUGAAGAUGUUGCUAAAGUUGAAUCUCAAAUUAAAUCAAGAUUAGAAAAAGUUUCCAAAGAUGAUACCUCAGCUUUCUUAUGGGUUAAAAAUCCACAAGUUUUCCGUAAAGUUGUUGGUCCUCAAGGUUCUCGUUUGAAUAACAUUAGAAGUAAAUCAGGUUCUCAAAUUUACGUUCCAAGAAAUUCUGAUAAAGUUAAUGAUGUUAUUUAUUUAAGAGGUACUAAAGAAUCUUUAGAAAAAGCAUAUGCUUUAUUGAAAUCUGAAAUUGAAAAGAAAUAG